UCAUGAUCAUACCCAUCCUCAAAUUUGACAGGUAUAGGAAGUCUAUCCUUCAGACAACCAACCUCAACCGGUGCACAACCGGCAAUGUUGUGCAGAUAAAGAUCCAUUGCCUCCUUAAUCUGCCUUUGAAUCACCACGGAAGUCUGAUCCACCACGAUGAUUGAAAAAUUGUCCGGGCUGUGCAUAUUGAGCAAUUUGUACGAGUACUUCCUAUUGAUCAUCAAUGGACGAUCCGGAUAGCACCAAAUCCUCAUCAAGCAACAUUUCAGUAAUCAGUCGUCGUUCCUAAACCAAGAAAAAAAGAAAUGGUGAUGUUUAACUCCAGUUACAAACUGAAGAAUUAUUUUUUAGCAUUAUGAUGAAGUUUUAAAGUUAAACUAUCAAAGACAACUUGACCUUUUGACCCACCUACCGCGUAUUAUUCUCUUUCUUACCUAACAAAUCAAGUUUUAUGUUCCUUCAAUUUUUUGUCGACAGGCUCGUAAAAACCCUUCGAUAAUCAUUUUUUUAAUUAGAAAAGGCAGUUUUCUUAUUUUCUUCCAGCAGUCUUUCAGUGAGGAGAAAAGACAUUUUGGUCUUUUCUCCUUAUUAACUUUGAGUGCAAGAUUGCUUGACAAUUUAUCAUAAUACAUCCAUGAUUAAAAAAUUAAUUCGAGAAUCGAGAGCACGAAAUGUGAGUGUUGACAAUUUUUGUGCGGUUUGUUUCUGGGCGACAGUUUGUGCGACGCACACUGGUUCCAAAAGGUACCAGGGUUUUCGAAAAUUAAAGUUUUUUAGGCGUCGAAGCAAUUGUCGCAACCUUGUAAUUAUUACUAAAGUUGUCAAGCAACCUUGGGAUGAAUCAAUUCGUUUCCUCUUAAGAAACACCGGCGUAGCCGUUAGUGAUUGAAGAAUCCUGGUUGAAUUUGUUUAGUAAAUUACAUCAAUUGAGACAGUUCUACCAUUUUGACAAUGCAAUGUUCUCCUACGCUCUUGUAACCUUGUGGCUUCUGUGUGUCUCAAAAUGCGAAGCUCGAAGAAGAGGAGAAUAUGUGGAAACUAGAUCAUUCCACGUCCCUGUCGUAAAUGAAGAAGAAGGACCAGGCUAUAAAGCUAGGAUCAUUCUGCAUCACGAUAAACAACAACCGGACCAAGCACAGAUGCACUUCAAGAAAAUGUAUCAACGAAACUGGGAUUCCAAUGACUGGGAGAAUCCUCCUCGUCAACCACAAGCCACGAUCCAAGGCAUAGUAGACAAAAUAUCCCAGGGUCUCCUGAGCAGGAAGCUAUUACCACACGAAUUGGAAGAGAAGGAGGCAAAAAUUAAUGCAUUAGGAUUGGAACAGAUUCACAACCAAACACUGGCGAGAAGUGAGCGACGGAGAAAAGCACAUCUACUUUUAGAACACUUGCGUCGUCAAAAAAUGGAAGAGCAAAAUCGUAAAAAGCAACGUGCCCAGAAAUUGCGCCGGCGAAGAGUACACCACAUUUAGUAGCAUCAUGAGGCAUCGUGUACUAAUAUAGAAAAACUAUGUAUGAACAAAGUCAAGACAGCUUAAUUGGACAUCAUAUUACAGACAGAACCUUGGCUCGAAACAUGUGAUCAUCUUUGUAGGAAAAAGUAAA